AUGAAAGUCACAUUUCUGUUAGAGUUGCUGCUAAUUCUGAUAAUAAUUGCAUUUGCUGCCUCGAGCCCCGUGCGGAAAGGAACGCUGAUCCAUCGGCAAGCAGAAGAUGAGGUAGCAGAUGCAGCAGCAGUAGCAGCAGAAGCCGCCCCAGUACCCGUAGCGCCCGUUUCCGGUGGCGAUGAUGACGAUGACGAUGAUGAUUCUGAUGAAUUUGAUCUGGGAGAUGACGACUCAGCCGAGGAUGAUGAUGGCGAUGACGAUGAUGACGAUGACGAUGACGACGAUUUGAUUGGAUCUGUUGAAGAUGAAAUCGAUGAUGAUGACGACGAUGACGAUGAUGACGAUGAAGAGGCGGUCGCUCCAGCCGCAGUGGCCCCAGUUGUGCCUUCGGUCGUAGAUCAACAGAAACAGUCGGCCGUCAGUCAACCCGCAGUCCCCGUUCCUGCUGUUGAAGAAGAGGAGGACGAAGAAGACGAUGAUGACGACGAGGAUGAUGAGGACGAUGAUGGAUUGGGGUUUUUCGGUGAAGACAUUCUAGGUGCUUUCGAUGACGAUGAUGAUGAUGACGAUGACGACGAUGAUGAUGAUGAUGAAGAUGAGCCUGUUCCAGUUCCAGUGGAAGCUCCCGUCGCCCCUGUUGCCCCAUCGAAGAAGCAGAAGAAAAAACCUGUACCAGUGAAGGAACCAGUGGCCAGCGUACAAAAUACCCAGGCUCUUCUAGAUUUGGCCGAUGCAGCUGCUGCUCAGAAUGAGAUUGAAGCUCCACCAAAGCCAAAACCGGAAGGUAUCGACGUAAAUAAUGAGGUUAACAAGAUUGUUGAAUCUCUUGCAGCACAGAAGGCUGAUCAGAAUGCUCAGCCAGCGACGGAACCAGCGACCGAGGAGGAAGAGGAAGUCAAAUACGACGAGAGUUCCCCAGAAAAGGUACAAUCCAUAUCCUCUGAUAAUAAUAAAGUUGACGAUGUUGCCGCUCCUGCAGCCGUGACCGCCACCAAGCCGACCAGUGACGAUGACGACAUCUUUGAAGGUAUUACAUCGUUAGUGGACGACGACGACGAUGACGAUGACGACGACGAUAGCGAUGAGACGACGGCACAGAAAGUUGACCAAACCGGCACGAAUAGCGAAACUGAGACGCAAGGCGAUGACCCCGAGGACGAUGACGAAGACGACGAGGACAGCGAUGAGGACCUGAUCGACGAAAGUGCCGUGGAAGAAAUUGCCGAAUCCGACGUGUGA